CUACCCAGUCUCCAAAUUAAAGUAUGGUCACUUGAACAUUAGGCGAAGCGCAAUCAAAAUGUUCUGAAAUUCAUGUCAUCUGCAUAUACUGAAACUACGAGCAGGGGCUUUCCACAAUCAAACAAUCAAAACACCUUCUAGCUGCAGCCAUCAGCUGCAUCAUGACUGUGUUGCUACAAGCACUUGUUCUAGUCCUCCUCUUUCACAUUACUGCUGCUUCCAGGUCCAUCAUCACCAGCUUACCCGGCUUUCCCGGUGACCUUCCAUUCAGACUUGAAACUGGGUACAUUGGAGUUGGAGACUCGGAUAACGUGCAACUAUUCUAUUACUUCAUUGAGUCCGAAGGAUCUCCAGUGUAUGAUCCUCUUGUGCUUUGGCUCACCGGAGGUCCUGGUUGUUCUGGUUUUUCUGCCCUUGUAUAUGAAAAUAUUGGUCCUCUUUCAUUUGACUAUGCACACUCGUUUGACAACAAACCACAGCUGAAGUUGAACCCAUAUUCAUGGACAAAGGUUGCCAACAUAAUAUUUAUAGAUGCCCCUGUGGGAACAGGAUUCUCAUAUGCAAAAACUUGGGACGAAUAUUCUGUUUUGAAUGACACAAUAUCAGCUGCACAAACAUAUCAGUUUCUUAGAAAGUGGCUUGUGGAUCACCCCAGGUUCAUCUCCAAUCCGCUCUAUAUUGCUGGAGAUUCUUAUUCAGGCAUAGUUCUUCCGAUCAUCGUUGAAGAAAUAUCUGAUGGUAACCAAGAUGGACUUGAGCCAGCAAUGAAUCUCCAAGGGUACAUCCUUGGCAACCCAGUCACAGAUGAAGCACAAGAUGCCAAUUCCCAAGUACUCUUUGCUUACCUAAAAGCUCUUAUAUCAUAUGAUCUAUACCAGGUGAUGGAAAUAGCUUCUGAGUCAACCAAAAGAAAUUGCAGAGGCGAGUAUGUGAACGUGGAUCCGAACAACGCAGUAUGUUUGUAUGAUCUUGAACUUGUCAACGAGUGCCUCCAAGACCUAGACUAUGCAAAUAUAUUGGAACCUUUAUGUACUUACGACACCCCAAAACCAAUAGGGAGGAAGUGGCAUCCUCAAGAAUUCAGUAACAAAGAUCCCAAAGAUCUCCUCCUUCCUUCCUCUCAAGUAGCUAGGCCAUGGUGUCGGGGUUACAAUUAUAUAUCUUCUUAUAUUUGGGCGAAUGAUAAAACUGUUCAGUAUGCUCUUCACGUUGCUGAGGGAAGCAUCAAGGAAUGGGUGAGAUGCAACACGAGCUUAAGUGAUUCGUAUGUGAAAGAUGUUUCUUCUACCGUUAUUUAUCACAAGAAUUUGAUAAGAAAAGGCUAUAGAGUUUUAAUUUACAGUGGUGAUCUUGAUAUGGCUAUUCCGUAUGUGGCUACUUUUGCUUGGAUAGAAUCUCUGAACUUGACUAUUGACACUUCAUGGAAACCUUGGUUUGUCAAUGCACAAGUUGCAGGAUACAAAACGAAGUAUACAUUGGGAAAAUAUGAGUUGACAUAUACAACCAUAAAGGGAGGUGGUCACACAGCUCCAGAAUACAAACCUGAAGCAUGCCUUGCUAUGAUCAGCAGGUGGUUUGCAUUAUACCCUCUAUAGUCAGAGACUGUUGAGGUAGCUAGAGUGAUUUAUCUACAUUAAGCAAAAAUUAAUUGUUCUUUUUUUUUCAAAAAAAAAAAUACACAAAAAAUGUCUUUUCUCUUGGUCUGCACCACGAAUAAAUGUAAACUCUUAAGAUUAACAAGUUAUUAAUGAUUUGGGUGUUAUUAAUUAA